ACAUUUUUGCGCGCGGCGGAGAGCCAGCCCGGUGUCCCGGGCGCGGCGCCUUGGGCCUCCCCGCCCCCACCCGGCCCGCGCUCCUCAGGCCCCGUGGCCGUCGCGGGACCCAGGCUCGGGGACCCGGGGGCCGCGCUCGCUUUGGCGCCCGCUUGCCCCCGCACCGUGGGCCGCGCACUCCCUCUCGCCGCGGGACGGCCCGAGCCAAGCCGGGCAUGGCGCAGUCGACAGCGCCGCGCAGCCUCUGCCCGGCCGCCGGCCAGCGGCGCAACGCCUCACAAAGAGCGUGGCCCAGGCCUGCGGUGCCUUUAAAGGCGGCAGCCUGAGACUUAAGGUGUCCCCGACUAAGUGCGGUCCUCCGCCUGCGCCCACGGGCCGCAUGGAGAGCGCCGGGCCCCAACGCGCACGCCGCGGUGCCCACCCUUCUGUGCACGCGUGGGGCCUGGGGGCUUGCGGGUAGGUGGAUCAGAAGUAGAAAACCCAGCUGAUCGUGAGAGAGGGAGGGGAGGGGCUGAACUGUGAGGAGUGUGGGCCCCAGAACCAUGUCUACGCGGGAGUCCUUUAACCCGGAAAGUUAUGAAUUGGACAAGAGCUUCCGGCUAACGAGAUUUACUGAACUGAAGGGCACAGGCUGCAAAGUGCCCCAAGAUGUCCUGCAGAAGUUGCUGGAGUCUUUGCAAGAAAACCACUUCCAAGAAGAUGAGCAGUUUCUGGGAGCCGUCAUGCCAAGGCUGGGCAUUGGAAUGGAUACUUGCGUCAUACCUUUGAGGCAUGGUGGUCUUUCCUUGGUUCAAACCACGGAUUACAUUUAUCCCAUCGUAGACGACCCUUACAUGAUGGGCAGGAUAGCAUGUGCCAAUGUCCUCAGUGACCUCUAUGCCAUGGGGGUCACAGAGUGUGACAAUAUGUUGAUGCUCCUUGGAGUCAGUAAUAAAAUGACGGACAGGGAAAGGGAUAAAGUGAUACCCCUAAUUAUACAGGGUUUUAAAGAUGCAGCAGAGGAAGCGGGGACCUCUGUGACAGGUGGCCAGACAGUGUUAAACCCCUGGAUUGUCCUGGGAGGAGUCGCAACAACUGUCUGCCAGCCCAAUGAGUUUAUCAUGCCAGACAAUGCAGUACCAGGGGACGUGCUAGUGUUGACAAAACCCCUGGGGACACAAGUCGCCGUUGCUGUGCACCAGUGGCUGGAUAUUCCUGAAAAAUGGAAUAAAAUUAAGCUGGUGGUAACCCAGGAAGACGUGGAGCUAGCAUACCAAGAGGCAAUGGUGAACAUGGCGCGGCUCAACAGGACAGCUGCAGGACUUAUGCACACAUUCAAUGCCCAUGCAGCCACCGACAUCACAGGCUUCGGGAUUUUGGGCCAUGCACAGAACCUGGCCAAGCAGCAGAGGAAUGAGGUGUCGUUUGUGAUUCACAACCUUCCUGUGCUGGCCAAGAUGGCUGCCGUGAGCAAGGCUUGUGGAAACAUGUUUGGCCUCAUGCAUGGGACCUGCCCGGAGACGUCAGGAGGCCUUCUGAUCUGUUUACCACGUGAACAAGCAGCUCGGUUCUGUGCAGAGAUAAAGUCCCCGAAAUACGGCGAAGGCCACCAAGCAUGGAUUAUUGGGAUUGUAGAGAAGGGCAACCGCACGGCCAGAAUCAUAGAUAAGCCCCGGAUCAUUGAAGUUGCACCACAAGUGGCCACACAAAACGUGAACCCCACACCUGGCGCCACCUCUUAAUCUAGACAGAAAGAGCUAUUUGGUUUUGUUUUUAAAUAGAUCUAAUUCCUUAUCAUCACUUCAAUUAAAGACUAUAAGAACAAAAAUCUCAUUGUGUCUACACAUCUGGUGACCUUAGGUCGGUUUGUGAGUGGAUACAAUUAAUAAAAUGAAAUCCAUGGCCUUCUUUUCCUGUUACAUUAACUGAAGAUGCACCCAAUCUUGGCAGCUUCUGAGUUGAGAAUUAUAUUGUUAUCCAAUACUGUUGAUUCAUUUUGAAUCUUUAGACACGUAUCUCUUUGCCGCAUAGGCUCUUUCUAAAGGUGCUUUCACACAGGCACAGGCAUUACUGAGAGUAGUGUCACACAGCAGUUUGUCUUUCAUUUUAUGUAUAUUUAUCAUAGCAGUGUUGGAUGGUAUUCUGGAAAGAGAGUUGGUAAGUGACACAAUGGUCUCCCUGUAGUGAGAGGGUGCGUGCUCCUUGAGUCUGGCUUGUGGGCCAGGGCUGGUUCUCCUGUAGUGCGGUCAGUUCAACAAGGCACAAGGCAGGUGCUUCGCUCUGCAUGGAGAGCACUUGAACAACAGAAGAGGAAUUUUCUUUCUUUUUUUUGUAGCCUCCUGAUAUUUACAGUACUAUCAUUAACUGUUUCUUUACUUACAGCAAAAAAAGGAUACUUUUUGCAGUGUAAUUAGAUGUUCUAUAGUGCAACAAGGAAUUGCCUUCCCAUAGGGGUUCAUGUAUAAUACUCAUUUGCAACUCAAUAUAUAAUUACGCAAAUAAUUUUUAAAUAUAAUCAAUAAUAAAGACUGUUCUGUGGAUGGUAGUGUUUAAUACGUUUUAUAUUUUGUAUAGUGAUUUUAGGCCUUCUGUUUCUUCAGAUCAGCGCUCGUUAGCCUAAUCUUAGCAUCACUUUCUCCUUUGCGCCAGUACCUUUUUUGUGCACGCUUUUUGUGGUCUGUGUUAAAAAUCUGCAUUGCCAACAUUGCAGCUCGAAUUUAAACUUGUUAUUCAAAUAAAUAUUUAAUUUUUUAA